AUGGUUUGAAGGAGUGUGGACUAGCUAUAUAUAUGUCAACUUAAACAUGAAACCUAUAGUAUAUGGGGUUUGCGUAUUUGUUAAAUUGUUUAUGUGAAUUAUUUUGUAUUUAACGUUUUAGAUCCGAGUAAACUGUAUUUUGCCCGGUGCUACAGCCACUCCACUUGUUUUGAAAUAUGCUGAAUAUGAAAAACCAAAGGCCACGAUAGCUAGAACGCCAAGAGGUCAAAUGGCAGGUAUGCAAUUUUUUACUAAAGCAAUAAUAAAUAGCAGCCAGUAGCCGUAGGUAUCACUUUUUGAAAGGUUAAUAACUUCUGAAAGGUCAUAACUUCUACAGAACUGAUAAGUUAUGGCCCUUUUGGACAUCUAGGGAGAGGAGUUUAGAGCUGACAGAGCUAUCCAGUAGAAAUAUAUUUGGUUUUCAGUUUAAUCGCAUAACCUUUCCAUGCAUGCACCAUUUCCGAUUUAGUAGUUGACAAAUCAAUAACGCCAAGUUGAGGCUUGCUACUCAAUUCAAUAUGCAACUAGCAAUACAUGUACGCAGUAACCCCUCGCUGCUUUCCAACCAAACUAUAGUUGUUGUUGAUUGCUUGUUUCUGCAUCCCCAAACAUAUUUUGGAAUUAUAUUCAUUCUCUACUUAAAAUGUUGCAUCGUUUAUAGGCUACAUUCUAGUUUUUAUAGCUUUUUAUUUUCCCGACAUUCGAAAUAUAUGUGAUUUUGAAUGAUCAGCUAUGGAUUAUGUAAGUUAAUCUUGUGCACACAACCGUUUGGGCAUAAGAUUUAUACGCUAACAAUUUAUACAUCAUGUUUGAAUGCAUUUAACACAAGCAUGGAUGCUAAAUUUACGCGGACUGUUAAGUGGCGUUGUACAAUUUCCAAAAUAAUUCAAAAUCAAUUCCGUGCAAUUUAUCAACCGUCAUAGAAUAUUCCUGGUUCUGUGCACUCGUUGCAAUCAAUUAGCCUUUCUCACGAAGGCCAAAAUCCGCCAUUUUUGGGGUGGGUACUGUCUGCCCUCGUGAAAGAUUCUAGACAAUUCAAACCGUAUAAAGCGACUUUUAAAAGUUGUAACUGUAAAUUUACCACUACAAACAACUAUAAUACUAAUACUUUUUUUAUGAGUGAAAAUGAUUCAUUAAGGAACCUUUACAACCAAUGCAAUACUAAAAGGUUGUAAGUGGUGCAGUACCCCCAAAAUGGUGGGAAAAUCGGCCGUGAGAAAGGAUAAUCGUCAGACUGCAUAUGACAUCGGUAAACGAUUCUUCAAGUUAAUCAUUGAGCUGGUCUGCCAAUUCCUUUUCAAAAAAAAUUACCGACCAUAUAUUACAGUUAUCGAGCGUUUAUCAAUUGACUAAUUUACCGACUGGUUCAUUGAAAAGUGGGGGAGGGAGGCUUAACACCCCCGCAAGCUACGUCCCUGGGAAUAUCAAAUCUCCGUUCUAAAUUCCAUCUUUCUUCCAAUGCUUUGCCUAUAUUUUAGGAAUGUUCGGUAUGGGAAAUUUCCGGUAUCGGUAUACCGGUUUUCCUUUGAUAAUAAUAAAGGAAAAUUCUUUAAUGGAAUUUUGAAAGAAAUUUUGAUUAAUUCUAAAAGGGAAAACGAUAAUUUCGAAGCUGUUUCGAACAUGUUUCGAACGGCAUGCACGUACUCAGUGUGAAAUCUCACUGAAGUGGAAAUUCUAAAUCAUUGCAGUAGAAUGUUCUUUGAAUUGCCAUUCAGUAGUAAAAUAAAGGUUAUGCUUUUGCCAUAUAGUUGGUAAAUUUAACACGGUAUACCGAAAAAUUCCGGUAUAUCCGAAAUUUCGGUAUAUCGGUAUGGUUGAAUAUCCGGUAUCGAUAUACCGAUAUUGAUCUAAUACCGAUAUUUUCGGUAUAUCGGUAUACCGAACAGUCCUAGACCGCGAUCAUUGACGGGUGUGAAUUUUCCUUUGUUCGGGUGUGAAUAGCCGAGCGGAAUUUAGUAUCCCCGUUGCCACGGUGACUGAUUGCCAGGUCAUUCCCCACCUCGCAGAGCAGUGAGUUUUUGAAAUUGUUCUGUAAUUCCUCCAUUUGCAAGGAAAACGCAUACAAAUUUAUUAUUUGUUAACAUUAACUUUUCUACAUUACAUUGAACGAUUCUACUUUCCCCUUUCUUGUUAUCAUUCAUGCUGUGAUCAUAUAUGCAGUAUACUGGCCUUAUUUUAAUGCAAGUUAUUAUUUAUUUUUCAUAGAUCCGAAAGAGAUCGCACACACUAUCGUUUAUUUACUGAGUGAAUUUGCUAGUAAUAUUACUGGUGCAAUGAUCGCUUCAGAUGGUGGAUUUUUAGCUAAUUAA